AUGAAGAGAGCGAGGGAGGGUAAGGGCCAGGGCCAGAAGAGGAGCGUGUUCAUCAGGAUCGUGAAGGCGCCACUGUGGGUGCUCUGCCAAGCGAGGGAUCUGUACGUGAGCAGCAUGACGGGGUGCGCCGGGAGAGUCAACUACGGUGCCAUGGCGUACUCGGGCGGCCCCGCCGGCAUACCGAGGAGCUUCAGCUUCCAGCAGGGGAGGAGCAGCUGCAGCAGCGAGGACGAUCUGAGGGAGCUCAUGCGCGUUGCCUCCCAGGGUGCCAAAGGGUCGCUCAACCGGGGAGGCCCUGGAAUUGUGCCGAGGAGCCAGAGCGUGGGCAUCGGCAGGAUCGACGAGGACAAGCCCUGCGAGUUCGGGGCAGAAGCCAUGGCCGGCCCCUUCUAUCCCAGGAGCCGCAGCUACGCCGUGCCCACCCGGCGAAUCGCCGUGAUUGGCUGA